AUGUUAAUCUUUAAAGAUAGAAUUUUGCACGUUGAUUUCACCUUUGGAGCAGACUGUUUAAAUUGUAUGAUUUCUCAAUGUAACUAUACAUCAGAAUACUGUAAUAGGUGUAUAUAUGGUUGGUGGGGAACAGAUUGCCAACAUAGUUGUCCAAUUGGGUGUAUCGAUGGAUGUGACAGAGUUACUGGUCAGUGCCAAUUGGAAGGAAUGCUUGGUAAUUGCAUUUCUCAUAGAUGUGCGAAUCCAACUGGUUUCACUUGCGAUUGGUAUACUUCUUGCUUGCAAAAAUAUGUACAGCCUUCAUGUAGUGUCGUUAAAGACAUCAUGUAUGACAAAUGUCAAGAGUAUCUCAGAGUAGAACCCACGUUUUCACCAAAGGGACAAGUUUGGUCUGGCUACGUUCGCAAAUGUCUACAGCAAACAUUGGCUAGAGAUCUCUUGUUGGUCGAUCAACGACAACCCGGACAAUUCAAUUGUACAUAUGUAACAAAGAAUUUCUUUGAUAACCAUGUGGAAUGCUACCAAAAUGGACCAGUCUCUGUAUGCGAUCUGCCAUAUGAUGAUGUAGCAAAAGUAUUAAUCCAUGGUUUAUCUAUUUUAUUUACACGUUCUUGGUAUUACCCUAUCAUCUCUUGUGAAGAUUUGAUCAAAUCAUGUUCAGCAGAAUACAUUGAACAUGUGAAAUCGAUGAUCAAUGAUGUGUAUUACCCAGAAAAGCAAAAAACAAGAUAG